CACACACACACACACACACACACAUACACAGGUACCUACACAAACUGCACACACUUGCGCAUCAGCUGCGCGGGACGUCGUCAUGCUUAUCCGAUUGCUCGGUUCUCCAGGCCCGACUUACAUGGGGUCGGGUUCUUUUCCGUGUGAGAUGACCGCGAACUCCUCGCGGGGUUCACUUCUGCCAUCCUCCCCCCUCAGUUCCUCCUUAGAUUCGCCUUUUCGAGGGCCAUCCGAGCUGUCAUUUUUCCAUCUACAUAUACCCCGUUGCAGUCCCUCUUUUCUAGAAGCUUGAGAGCGUGUUUAUCUGACAUCACAUCAUCACACCUCCCUCCCCACACACUCUCUCUCUCUCCCACAUCCACGCACCCGACGGAUCUCGGGAGCUUCACCACCCAGCAUGUCAGCCAAACACUUCAUCAACGACCCCACCAAGCUGGUCAACUCGGCCCUGCACAGCCUGACCCUGACGAACCCGAGCCUCGCCCUCGACAAGCCCAACAAGAUCAUCUACCGCCGGCCGUCGCCCGAUGUCGCGCCGCAGGUCUCCGUGGUCUCGGGCGGCGGCUCGGGUCACGAGCCUUCCUUCUCGGCCAUGGUCGGCCGGGGCCUGCUCUCGGCCGCCGUCGCCGGCACCAUCUUCGCCAGCCCCAGCGCCGAGCAGGUGCGUACCGCCAUCGCCUCGCGCGUCGACGCCACCCGCGGCGUCCUCGUCACCGUCAUGAACUACACGGGCGACGUGCUCAACUUCGGCAUGGCCGUCGAGAAGGCCCGCGCCGCCGGCCUCGACGUCGAGAUGGUCGUCGUCGGGGACGACGUCGGCGUCGGCCGCGCCAGGGCCGGCAAGGUCGGCCGGAGGGGCAUCGCCGGCACCGUGCUCGUGCACAAGAUCGCCGGCGCGCUGGCGGCGCAGGGCCGGCCCCUGGCCGAGGUCGCCAAGGUCGCCCGGUUGACGGCCGAGAACCUCGUCAGCGUUGGCGCGAGCCUGGAGCACGUCCACGUGCCCGGCCGCGCGGCCCCCGCCGGGGACGACGAGAGCGCGCUGCGCCUUGGCGAGGUGGAGCUCGGCAUGGGCAUCCACAACGAGCCUGGCUCCGGCCGGGAGCAGGCGGAUCUGCCGGUGCUGGUGGGCAAGAUGCUCGCGCAGCUGCUGGACCAGGGCGACGAAGACCGCGCGUUCCUCAACGUCAACUCGAACGAGGUCGUGCUCCUGGUCAACAACCUCGGCGGCGUCAGCGCUCUGGAACUGGGCGGCAUCACGGCAGAGGUCGCUUCGCAGUUGGAGGGCAGCUACGGCAUCCGUCCCGUCCGCAUCCUGAGCGGGACCUACAUGACCAGCCUCAACGGUCUGGGUUUCAGCAUUUCGCUGCUCAACGUCGUCAACACGGACAUCGGCGGCCCCAGCAUGAUUCAGCUCCUGGACUACCCCACCGAGGCCACGGGUUGGUCUUCCCCCGUCCUGAAGGAGACCUGGGAGGCCAAGAACGAAGCUACUAGGGAGGAGAAGGCGGACACUAGCCAGGCGACGAAGCCCAGCGAUCUUAAGUAUGAUGCAGCCGCCGCCACCAAGUCCAUCACGGCCGCCCUCCAAAGAGUCAUUGCCGCCGAGCCCGACAUCACCAAGUAUGACACUGUUGUCGGUGACGGCGACUGCGGUAUCGGUCUGAAGAGAGGAGCCGAAGCCAUCCUCGAGCACAUCUCCGAGAAGCCGCUGACCGGCGACGCCGUCGUUGACCUCGCCUCCGCAGUCCCCGUGGUCGAGAACACCAUGGACGGCACCUCGGGCGCCCUCUACGCAAUCUUUCUCAACGCCCUCACCGGUGCCCUACGCGGCCUCGCCCCAGGCGCCGCCGACCCCAAGGUCUGGGCCGCAGCCCUGAAGCAAAGUAGCGAGGCCAUGGCGCGGUACACCCCCGCGCGCCCGGGCGACCGCACCCUUGUCGACGCGCUGCAUCCCUUCGUCGACGUGCUCGGGCAGACGGGCGACGUCAAGAAGGCCGCCGAGGCGGCGCGCGCCGGCGCCGAGAAGACCAAGGGCAUGAAGGCCAGCCUGGGCCGGACGGUGUAUGUCGGCGGCUCGGGCUUCGAGCAGGUGCCCGACCCCGGCGCCUGGGGCCUGAGCUGCUUCUUCGCCGGGCUGGCGGGCAUCGAGGGCGAGGACGGCUGGGAGAAGCUUUGAGGGACGUGUGGAGGUUCUAGGUUUGAUCUUCAGUUCGUAAUUUCCCUGUAGGAUAUCCUUGUGUUUUCGUCGUACUUCCUUGGGUUUUCGGAGAGCGUCUCAGGGUAAGGCGGGUUAGUUCGCACAUGUACGAAAGGCAGGCUGGUAGGAUGCCGAAGCGCGAGAAAGCGAAAGUGAAGAAAAGAAGAAAGAAAAAAAACCAAAU